AUGGCCGAGUUUUCCAUAAACGAUUCCACCAAUUCCAGCUCUCCUCAUCGAAACUACGCUGAGAUUGUUGUGGUGCGUCACGGUGAAACAGCUUGGAAUGCUAUCAGUAAAAUCCAGGGACAGUUAGAUGUUGAAUUGAAUGAAACUGGAAGACAGCAAGCAGCUGCAGUGGCUGAUAGACUCUCCAGGGAAUCUAAGCUCUCAGUUAUAUAUUCUUCCGACCUUGAAAGAGCUUUUGAAACAGCGCAGAUAAUUGCAUCCAGAUGUGGAGGAGUGGAGGUUAUCAAGGAUGCUGACCUACGGGAAAGACACCUAGGGGAUCUUCAAGGCCUGGUUUAUAGUGAACUGGCAAAAACUAGUCCCAAAGCAUACAAAGCAUUUGUGUCUAAGAACGAAGAUAUGGAAAUACCAGGAGGCGGCGAAAGUCUUGUCCAACUUUAUGAUCGCUCCACAUUUGCAUUGCUUAGAAUUGGCAUGAAGCAUAUAGGGGAGAGAGUAGCCAUUGUCACUCAUGGAGGAUUCAUCAGAUCCCUAUACAAGCGGGCCUGCCCGGAUGGAGGGUUUGCUGGGAAGGUUCUCAACACAUCUGUCAGUGUUUUUCACUUAGAUGUUGAGGAUAAAUGGAGCUUAAAAAUGUGGGGUGAUGUUAGCCAUUUGAGCCAAACUGGAUUUCUACAGUCUGGUUUUGGGGGUGAUAAAACUUCUGGAUAG